UUUAGUACUGGCAUUGCUUGAAUGUCUUUUGUCUCGCCUCCCAUCUAAAGCCUCCGUCUCUCAGAAGAGGUGAACAAGCUUCAUACAGAGCAGAGAGGACACAAUGCCAAACUUGUGGUAUUUAAGCACUUAUUCUGAAAACUCCAGUAGCCAUGCAGACUCCACCACACCCUCUCACCAUAAGUGAAAAGGGUUACAGGGGUCAGAGAGCAGGAGCCUCAGUCCACCCGCCAAACUCCAAGCGAAGAAAGAAUGAGGAUCUGAGCCAAGGAAACCGCACCGCUUGCAGGGCCAAACAGGAAGAGCGAAACGUCUGUCUAUUGUGUGUGUUCCGAAAGAGAAAGCGUGCAGGACCAGCAGUCUUGAAAGUCAAUCCUUGAGCUAAAAGUGCAUGUCAAAACAAAGCUUUAAAUAGCACAGAUAGAAGAAGAUAGCACCACAAAAGUUGACAAGAGCAAUGAAUUACUUUUCUUACAAAAAGCCACACAGUCAAUUCUAAGUAAUGCAUUGUGUGGUGAAGUUUCCCUGAUUCCCCUAUGUUUGAAUUUUAGGAGAAGAUUUGAGGUUGUGUUUGUUCCUCUCAAGUUUCCAUCUUGGUAUUUUUUCCGUCUUGCGAGCCUGACCUAAAACCUGAAAUUGUCCGUUGGUUCGGAGGGAUCACAAUGUUUUAAAUGUUGUACAGCAAUAGCAGCUUUCUACUCGUCAUGAGUUCCAGACCAAUUUGUGGUGUGAGAAAGAAUGUAUUCGAGAGAAAUACAUUUAAUGAGAGGAAGGGCUUUUUUGUGAGUGCUACGAAAAGUUGGGGUAAAGGAACAAAAACCAUUGCCCGUGAAAUGGAGUUGCAAAGAAACUUGGGUACAGUGACUAGAAGAGAACUUGCUUGCAUUCAUAUGUGAAAUUUGACACUGGGGUCAGUCCAUGUGGGUACAUUUAUAUAUUCAUUGCAUAGCGCCUGGAUUGUCAGGAUACAUGAGAAAUAUCUUCCACCAAGAUCCUGUACCCACAUUCUUAUCAAAGUAACAUCAGAAACGUAUUGUCUUCCCGAAAGACCCUCACUUGUUAAAUUAGCUCCUUUCGAUAAAUCCCUUGAGCACAAGCCGGUACUGAAGUCUCAGAACCAGAACACUUCAGCCCCUAUCCUGUAUCUGUCUGACUGAUAAGUAGAUUUGUAGAUCAGAGUGGAGGCACUAACAGGUAUGAAGAGAGGUUAAGAUUUUUCAAAAGAUUGAAGAUAAGAUUUUAUUUAUCGCUGUGUGAGCUAUGCCAAAUCGUGCAUCCGUGCUGGUUUGUGUGUGCGACAGCCGGUGGAAGUGUUUGGUCUCAGCUGUUUUUGUGUUUACUGCAUUGCUAACAUUGUUUGGGCUGUGGCUGCUUCUGUGGUGCCUUGAAUGUGCUGCAUUGUCAGGAGAGAGAGACGGGAAGAGAAAAAGACAGCAAAAAGGACAAUCAAAUCUGGCUUUCUCUUAUCUCAACACUUGGAAAUCAGAAUAGGUGCUUGAUUUAGUUUGAAGGGAUAGUUCACACAAAAAAUGAAAAUCCUGUCCUCAUUUACUCACCCACAGAUCUCAUCCCCCAUUGACUCCCAUAGUCUUGUUUUCCCUACUAUGGUAGUAAAAGGGGGAUGAGCUCUGUUUGAUUAAUGAUAUUCUUCCAAAUAUCUUCCUUCGAGUUCAGCAGAACAAAGAAAUUCAUACAGGUUUGGAAUAAUUUGGGGGUGACACAAAGGAUAAAAAGGAUGACACAAUUUUCAUUUGAACUAUCCUUUGACCCAACACAUCUGCGUAAUUGAAUUUUUUUUUUGAUCCUCAGGUGGUAAGAGACACUUAAGCCACAUUAAGCUGAGAACUCAUGACUUUUGGUCAAAAUAAUGGAUUCAGGAAAAGCAAAUGGCAUCUCAUCAAAAGACAAUGAAAGAAAAAAAAGGCCGCCCUCUUACUCCGUCGAGACACCGUAUGGAUUCCAUCUGGACCUGGACUUUCUAAAAUAUGUUGAUGACAUUGAAAAGGGAAACACCAUCAGAAGAGUGCCUGUGCAGCGAAGACAAAGAGGACAAAACAAUGGCAUCAUAUCGCGUAACUUAAGCCUCCCAGGUUAUGGAUGCAGGGCACCUCAGUGGAACUCCUUCAGCACUUUAUGGCCCAAAACCCAACUAGGAGAAUCUCAUCAAUACUUUGACUUUCACUCAGGUGACAUUACAUCUGCUCGCUAUGCUAGGAGAGGAGACCCCUACAAAUCAUUAACAACUUCAAACAUGGAUGCUAGUAUUAAAGCUUUUGAUGAGCAGCCUUUAGGAUGUUACGUCAGGCCAAAUCUCCUGAGAGCUUCCAGUUUACCCUUAACAGUUUUACUGAGACAACACUCAGAGUCAACCGAAGAUCCUACCAGCCCUAAAGAAAACCUAUCACAGGAAAACGGUUCAUCAGAUGAUGUCUUUCAUUUAUCCUACAGCAGGACAUGUGGGACGAACGGGACCCUUCAGCGGCUCACAACGGCUCUGGAGCGGGUCGGGGAACUGGAGACGGAGAUCAGAGUCAUUCCUGAGCUCAAGGCGCAGAUAUGUAUUUUGCAAGAGGAGCGAGGACAGCUUUUAGUCCAACUGCAUUCCCAAAAUGACACAACUGGUCCUCUGGUUGUUCCUACACUUCCUUCUCAAACAAAUAACUGGGUCCCUGCCAUGAUAGCCAAAGAAAAUACACAGCAAGCUGGUGAUGAUUGGAUGAAUCGAGAAUAUGACCGACUUGAGAAGAACGUCAAGGCUUCUUCUGAGCAGGUUGAUGCAGUUUCGACACCUUCGAUCACACACAAAAUGCUUCCACGGAAGGGCAAAGAUAUGUUGGAUAAGGAAGACCAAGCCAAAUCACUUAAUCCUUUCGAGAAGAAAGUUGUACAUUUAGAACAGGAGCUACAUAGACUUGAGGUAGAGCUAGAGAGGACAAGAGCUCUGUUGAAGCAGCAAGUAGAGGAGAGCCGUUUCAAGGAUGAGAAGAUCAAACAGUUGACCAUACAUCUUAACGCAAAGAGAGCAGUGACCAGUGGGACUUUACCUGAGACUUCCAUUGCAAGUACACAAAACGUGAAACCUGUUAUAGAAUCAUGUGCCGCUCUAACAGGUGGGCAAGAGAUGCACAAGCAGGAGGCAAUAUUUACUCAAGGACAACCUUCAGUUUCACAUGCAGACAUGGAACACCAUGUAAAACGAUUGCAAGAGCUCCUUCAGGAGCAGUGGGAAUGUCUCUGCAAAGAUGACUUAUCAGGAAAAACAUCUUCUGAGCACUUGUCACCUCGCGUCCGCAAUAUUCAAGAUCAGUUAGUAACUUUGGUCAUGCUACUUUCCCUCUACGUGUUUUCUAGUGGAGAACAAGAACCAGAAUCCAAAACAGAAGAGCUUGUUCCUGGGGUGGAGUAUGAGAACCUAAAAAAAAAAAGUCUGAAAGAUAGUUCAAGACAAAGUGAAAAGGACUUUUACCUUAAGAAGAAUACUAAUCUGGAAGCUGGCAAAGCACUGACAUCACAGACAACGUACCCCACAGUAGAGACAGGUAAAACUGAAGAUGUGAAUACCAAUGCAAAAGAAGAUGCCAUAGAUAAUGGGACCACAAAACAGAAAGAUCUCUAUUUUCAAACGAGUAAAGUCAUAGAUGGGGAUCAGGCAAUGAGAGAGGAUACCAAUCUGAAAUCACAGACACAGAGAGAAAAAAACAGGAAAGCCGUGAAUAAGGAUUUCAUAGAUGCAUGUUGUUUCCUGAAAGACAACAUGGAUAAAGUGUCAGAACCUGAUGAUGAAAUGAGCAAGACUCUCACUGUAGUGUUCCGGCAGUGGUUCAGCGUGUCCGCUGAGGAGGAUGCACGCGCUGACAUUCUUUCUUUGUAUCUCAGUGAGGUUAACUCACAAACACCCACAGUUCUUCCCUUCCUGGUCAACAUGGCAGAUGAUAAUGGGAACACUGCCCUGCAUUAUAGCGUGUCUCACUGUAACUUCAGCAUUGUCAAGAUCCUUUUAGACACAGGAAUGUGCAAAAUAGACCUUAGAAACAAGUCUAGGUAUACUGCUAUCAUGUUGGCCUCCAUGACAUCUGCAGAAUCUCCAGGGGACCUGAAAGUGAUCCAGCAACUGAUAGAGCUUGGUGACGUCAACAGCCGUGUUGGCCAGGUGGGACAAACAGCUCUCCACUUGGCAGUAAGACAUGGACGCAUCCUAUUAGUUCGUCUCCUGUUGGCACAGGGGGCAGAUCCUAAUGCCCGGGACCAUGCAGGAACUACUCCACUGAUGUGCGCAUGCGAGCGGGGGCACGUCAGUGUCGUGCAAAUUUUGUUGGAGGAAGCGAACUGCGAUGUCAAUUUAAAAGACAAGGGUGGGCGCAAUGCAUUAUCUCUGGCAACACAGGCCUCUCAUACAGAGAUUGUAAAUCUUCUGAAAGGCCGCACAGAAACCAAGAGCUCAGAUAAGUGCAAGGUAUCCUAGGAUGAAGCAUGGAUAUCUCAUUCCUCCCUGCAAAUAAUGUCUCUGUGCAUUUUUAUUUUAAUAAGCAUUUAUGUACAGUUACUUUUGAAAAGGUUUUAAUGAAUUUAUUCGGAAAGCCACACCAAUAUGUUAAUGUUAAAACUGUGUCUCAAAUGUGUUUGCCUGUAUGUAAAUAUGUCCGAUAAUAAAACCACAUCUUAUUAAUACCA